GCGCCCGGAGGCGGGCGGAGGGCGAGGCCGGCGGGGACGGCGGGAGCCGCCCGCCCGACCGCGAGCCCCGAGUCGGUAGAUGGGGCUGCGCGGCACCCGCGGCUGAAGAGAGGAGCGGCGGCGCGGAGGCGGCCGAGGUGCGAGCCGAAAUGCAGCAAGUUUUAGAAAACCUUACGGAGCUGCCCUCAUCUACAGGAGCAGAAGAAAUAGACCUGAUUUUUCUCAAGGGGAUUAUGGAGAAUCCUAUUGUGAAAUCACUUGCUAAGGCUCAUGAGAGGCUUGAAGAUUCAAAAUUAGAAGCUGUCAGUGAUAAUAACUUGGAAUUAGUAAAUGAAAUUCUUGAAGAUAUCAGUCCUCUAAUAAGUGUGGAUGAAAAUGUGGCAGAGCUGGUUGGAAUACUCAAGGAACCUCAUUUCCAGUCGCUCCUGGAGGCCCAUGAUAUUGUGGCAUCAAAAUGUUAUGAUUCGCCUCCCUCAAGCCCAGAAAUGAAUAAUUCUUCUCUCAAUAAUCAGUUAUUGCCAGUAGAUGCCAUCCGUAUUCUUGGUAUUCACAAAAGAGCUGGAGAGCCAUUGGGGGUAACAUUUAGGGUUGAAAAUAAUGAUCUGGUAAUCGCCCGAAUCCUUCAUGGAGGAAUGAUAGAUCGACAAGGUCUGCUUCACGUGGGAGAUAUCAUUAAGGAAGUCAAUGGACAUGAGGUUGGAAACAAUCCAAAGGAAUUACAAGAGUUGCUGAAAAAUAUUAGUGGAAGUGUCACCCUAAAAAUUUUGCCAAGUUAUAGAGAUACUAUUACUCCUCAACAGGUAUUUGUCAAGUGUCAUUUUGAUUAUAAUCCAUUCAAUGAUAAUCUGAUACCCUGCAAAGAAGCGGGACUGAAGUUUUCGAAAGGAGAAAUUCUUCAGAUUGUAAACAGAGAAGACCCAAAUUGGUGGCAGGCUAGCCAUGUGAAAGAGGGCGGAAGUGCUGGUCUGAUCCCAAGCCAGUUCCUAGAAGAGAAGAGAAAGGCAUUUGUUCGCAGAGACUGGGACAAUUCAGGACCCUUUUGUGGAACUAUAAGCAACAAAAAAAAGAAGAAGAUGAUGUACCUCACAACUAGGAAUGCAGAGUUUGAUCGCCAUGAAAUUCAGAUCUAUGAGGAAGUAGCAAAAAUGCCACCCUUCCAGCGAAAAACAUUAGUGUUGAUAGGAGCUCAAGGUGUGGGCAGAAGAAGCUUGAAAAAUAGAUUCAUAGUGCUGAAUCCUGCUAGAUUUGGAACAACGGUGCCAUUUACUUCACGGAAGCCAAGAGAAGAUGAAAAGGAUGGACAGGCAUAUAAAUUUGUAUCCCGAUCAGAAAUGGAAGCAGAUAUUAAAGCUGGAAAGUAUUUGGAGCAUGGGGAAUAUGAAGGAAACCUCUAUGGAACUAAGAUUGACUCUAUCCUUGAAGUUGUGCAAACUGGACAUACUUGCAUUUUAGAUGUCAACCCACAAGCAUUGAAAGUGUUGAGGACAUCUGAGUUCAUGCCUUAUGUGGUAUUUAUUGCUGCUCCAGAGCUAGAGACCCUGCGUGCCAUGCACAAGGCUGUGGUGGAUGCAGGAAUCACCACCAAGCUAUUGACGGACUCUGAUUUGAAGAAAACAGUGGAUGAAAGCGCACGAAUUCAGAGAGCAUACAACCACUACUUUGAUUUGAUCAUCGUAAAUGACAAUCUAGACAAAGCCUUUGAGAAAUUACAAACUGCCAUUGAGAAACUAAGAAUGGAACCACAGUGGGUCCCUAUUAGCUGGGUGUACUGAUAAUUCAAUAAGGCUAUCAGUUAAAUAAAACUUAUAAAAAGUGA